UGCUUGGAUUUUGGUUUAUUCAACUCAUGGAUUUCAACACAACUCCUAAAUUGUCUUUCAGAUUAUUGUCAAAGCCAGUUUAGGACCAGGAAAAUAGAUAAUCAGUUAAAUAUAGAGAGCCACAUGGUGUGCAGGUUUUUGUUCCAGCCCCCAGUACUCACACCUGAUUCAGUGGUAGUUGAAUCCGUUCUGUUAGUGCUGUGGCUGAACAAAAGCUUGCCCACUCUGUGAGUCUCCAGGACCAAGAUUGAAGAGCUGUGAGAGCAGGCAGGGGGCGCCUCAUCCCUGUCUUUCUCGGACCUGUGAUAUCACGUGUGGGGGGUGGGGGGUGUACUGAAGGUUGCGGUGAUUAUAGUCAUAUGGAUGGAUGUUAUCACACUUAGAGGGGGGAGUUGAGGAACAUCAGUCCGAAAACUGCACCGAAGUGAACAACUCAAGGAAUCACGCUGCUGGAGAACAAUUAGAACACAAUUAUGGAGGAUAAAUUACACAUGGAUUACCUAUGCAUUUCUUAUUUUGACUGAAAUUGCAUUUCAAUCGAGAACCAUAUGGUUCGGUUUCAGGACAGUGCCACUUCCCAGGUGAACCCACGAGGUCCGUUUUCUUGGAUUUAUUUGACUUCAAUUUUGAGCAAUGGGAUAUAAAACGGAACUUGGAUAUUGUUUCUUUGUGUUAUUCACAUAUUCUCUCAUAUCCAGGUGUCGAAUGAAUAUGCAAAAUAAUAUCACAGUUGCGGUGAUGCUUCCCGAUAAUUACCACAAGUAUCCAUGGGCUUUGCCACGGGUUUUCCCAGCAAUUCUUAUGGCGAACGAGAAUCUCCAGAAGAAGCACGGACUUCUCAAAGGCCACUCUAUUCAUCUGUUGAAUUUCAGCACGGAGGAUUCAACCGGUGUCUGCGCCGAAAAUAAGGCACAGAUUAUCGCCGUGGAUACCAAACUUUAUAAUAAACCAGAUGCUUUCUUUGGACCAGGGUGUGUGUAUUCAGUCGCCACAGUUGGAAGAUUUGCAUCCCAUUGGAAACUCCCAUUGAUAACUGCGGGAGGAACCGCAUAUGGGUUUGAUAAAGGGGACGAGUACAAUACGAUUGUGCGCACCGGACCCUCGACCACAAAACUGGGAGACUUUGCUAACAUUAUUCACGCGCACUUUAAUUGGACCUCUCGUGCCGUUCUGAUUUUCCACGAUUUGAAAAAAGAUGACCGACCUCACUACUUCCUCUCUGAAGGAAUUUACCUAAAUUUGAAGGAUGAAAAUGUCACAGUUGAUGCCUUUCCAUAUGAAGACUCACCGAGCUUUUAUAAAGACAUGAUUACUUUCAUGAAAGACCAAGGAAGAAUUGUGUAUAUCUGCGGGCCUCCGGACACGUUUCUGAGUAUCAUGAAGCUUUUCCAGAGUGAGAUCCUAGACCCUGAGAACUACGCCAUCUUCUAUCUGGAUGUGUUUGCCGAAAGCCUAACGGAGCGCAAACCCUGGCUGAACAACGACAGCCUCUGGAUUGAUCCCAUCAAGGUCUUCAAGUCUGUGUUGGUAAUAACAUACAGGGAGCCUGAUAAUCCAGAGUAUAAAGAGUUUCAAGAUGAGCUCCACAUUAGAGCUCAGAAGGACUUUGAUGUGAACAUAGAACCCUCUCUGAUGGAUUUCAUCGCUGGCUGCUUCUAUGAUGGCUUUGUGAUGUAUGCUAAGGCCUUGGAGGAGACGAUGGCGGAGGGGGGCUCCCAGAACGAUGGAAUCAACAUCACACAGAGGAUGCAAAACCUGCGAUUUUGGGGGGUUACAGGACUUGUGACCACAGACAAAAACAAUGCUAGGAACACUGAUUUCAACCUCUGGGCAAUGACAAAUCAGGAAUCUGGAGAGUAUGGGCUUGUGGCCCAUUACAAUGGAACUAACAAAGAGAUCAUCUGGUCCUCAACGGAGAGGAUUCAUUGGCCCAAAGGGAGCCCACCUCUGGAUAACCCACCGUGCGUCUUCUCUUCUGAUGAUCCCAUCUGCAUUGAUGCUCACCUUCCAGUGCUGGGGAUUGUAGCUGUUGGGUCUGGCUUAGCCCUCAUCAUUUUUGGAAUCUCCAGCUUCCUCAUUUACAGGAAACUGAAGCUGGAGAAGGAGUUGGCUGGAAUGCUGUGGAGGAUAAAGUGGGAGGACCUGCAGUUUGAGAGCCCCAACAAAUACCCCAAAAAAGCAGGCAGCCGUCUGACCCUCUCACAGAGAGGCUCCAGCUAUGGCUCCUUGAUAACUGCCCAUGGAAAAUAUCAGCUAUUUGCUAAAACAGGCUAUUUUAAGAGCAACCUGGUGGCCAUCAAACAUGUGAACAAGAAGAGGAUCGAGCUGACCAGACAAGUGCUGUUCGAGCUCAAACAUAUGAGAGAUGUGCAGUUCAAUCAUUUAACCAGAUUCAUUGGUGCCUGCAUUGACCCUCCCAACAUCUGCAUCGUGACUGAAUAUUGUCCCAGAGGUAGUCUUCAGGACAUUUUGGAGAAUGAGAGCAUCAAUCUGGACUGGAUGUUCCGCUAUUCACUCAUCAACGACAUAGUCAAGGGAAUGAACUAUCUGCACAACAGCUACAUCGGCUCCCAUGGAAAUCUGAAGUCAUCUAAUUGUGUGGUGGACAGUCGGUUUGUGUUGAAAAUUACGGAUUACGGACUGGCCAGUUUCCGUUCAUCAUGUGAAAAUGACGACUCGCACGCACUCUAUGCAAAGAAGCUGUGGACGGCCCCCGAGUUGUUGAUCUACGACAGACACCCUCCACAGGGCACCCAGAAAGGAGAUGUGUACAGCUUUGGCAUCAUACUCCAGGAGAUAGCCCUGAGGAAUGGACCCUUCUAUGUGGACGGCAUGGAUCUGAGCCCUAAAGAGAUAGUGCAGAAGGUGCGUAACGGCCAGAAGCCUUACUUCCGGCCCACCACAGACAACAGCUGCCACUGUGAGGAGCUGACCAUCCUGAUGGACAGCUGCUGGGCCGAGGACCCCGUCGAGCGGCCCGACUUUAGCCACAUCAAGAUCUACAUCACCAAACUCAACAAGGAGGGCAGUACCAGCAUUCUGAACAACCUGCUGUCCAGGAUGGAGCAGUACGCCAACAACCUGGAGAACCUGGUCGAGGAACGAACGCAAGCCUACCUGGAGGAGAAGAGAAAAGCCGAAAAUCUACUUUACCAGAUCUUGCCACACUCAGUAGCAGAGCAGCUAAAGCGAGGAGAGACGGUUCAAGCGGAGGCAUUUGACAGUGUGACAAUCUACUUCAGUGACAUUGUGGGCUUCACGUCAAUGUCAGCUGAGAGUACACCACUGCAGGUUGUGACGGUGCUGAAUGAUCUUUACACUUGCUUUGAUGCCAUCAUCGAUAAUUUUGAUGUGUACAAGGUGGAGACCAUUGGUGAUGCGUACAUGGUGGUGUCAGGGCUUCCGGUAAGGAAUGGUAAACUCCACGCAAGAGAGAUUGCUGGGAUGUCCUUAGCCUUACUAGAACAGGUGAAAACAUUCAAGAUUCGACACAGACCCCAAGACCAGCUACGGCUAAGGAUAGGAAUCCACACAGGACCUGUCUGUGCUGGGGUGGUGGGUCUGAAAAUGCCCAGAUAUUGUUUAUUUGGAGAUACUGUCAACACAGCGUCUCGGAUGGAAUCGAAUGGAGAGGCCUUGAGGAUCCACCUCUCCUCUGCCACCAAAGAAGUGCUGGAUGAGUUUGGCUAUUUUGAUCUCCAGUUAAGAGGGGACAUAGAAAUGAAGGGCAAAGGCAAAAUGAGAACCUAUUGGCUUCAGGGGGAGAAGACUGACAUGUACGUUAUUUGAGAGGCGCUGCUGUACUCACAUUGGAGCCAACCGCAGAGGAGGCUACACAGUGGCACAGCCAGCCACUGCUUUAUUUGUUUUAGAAUAAGUCCUAAAGGUGAUACCCUCCUAAAGUACGAAGAGAAGGGAUGUUUAAUGGUAUGUUUAAUACCUGUGUACGGUAACUGCAAAAAGUUGUAAAGAUGUUUUGUAUGAAGAAUCUUUCUGUCCUGAGAGUGAGUACUUUUCGAUGAUGAUGAUAAAUUCAUAUUUUUUGUGCUUUAUAUCAAGAUUUGUAUAAUGUGUUUGGAAGUCAAUGACGUAUUAAUAGUUCCAUACGGCGUUCAUAACAGAUGGGCACAGUGUAAUGAUCAAUGUCAAUGCAGAGGUUAGAGUUCCACAGUGAUGUCAUACAGUACAAGAUGAUAUAUGUAUAUAUGUACAUCCAAGAUAUUGUAAGAUAUUUUGUUCAAUAAACGGAGUAAAAUACAACAAA